AUGGACGCCUCCUCCCUCCGCAUCUCCAAGUUCGAUGGAACUAACUUCCACGCCUGGAAGUUCAAGAUGCAGAUGGUGCUGGAGGAACGGGACCUAUGGGAGGUCGUCAGCGGUGAGAUUAAGGCGGAACAGUGCGAGACUCAGUUGGACCAAGCGACGUACAAGAGGAAGUCAAGAAAGGCGAUGGCAGUGAUCUGUCUAGCCAUGGAAGAUUCCCAGCUACCGUUGGUCCGGUCGGCAAGUGGUGCAUGCGACGCAUGGUCAAGGUUGGAAGACCACUUCGAGAAGAAGAGUCUUGCCAACAAGCUGUUCUUGCGCCGUCGCUUCUUCACGACAAUGAUGGAAGAAGGCGACGAUGUGCUCGAACACAUCAACAAGCUCAAGACGCUGGCGGAACAGCUAGAAGCGGUGGGGGCUCCAGUCUGCGAGGACGAUCUGGUGAUCACACUCCUCGGCAGCCUGAGUGACUCGUAUCAAUUCUUGAUCACAGCUUUGGAGUCGCGCUCAGACACUCUUAGCUGGGAGCUCGUGACGUCUCGACUGCUUCAUGAAGAAAUGAAGCGGAAGGAGCAAGGAAGUAAAGGUGAUGAAGCUUCGCAAGGUCAAGCGUUCAUCACAAGGGACAAUCAGCGCAAAGGGCGACCAGUGAAGAAGUCCUGGCCGUGCCACAAUUGCGGAAAGAUUGGUCACUGGAUGGCGGAGUGCCCCUCGCGCAUCCAAGAAAACACGGAGAGACACCGGCCACAGCGUGCUCAAGACAGCGGCGACCGCUAUCGAUCACAACGUGCAAACGUCGCUCAAGAAGAAGACUCGGGCGACUACCUCUUUUCGAUCGGUGAAACGACAUCUGCGAAAUCGAGCGACAUCUGGCUGGUCGACUCCGGGGCGACGCAGCACAUGACGUGCUCCAAGAAGUUCAUGCGGAACUACAAGGGGUUUGACGCUGUGGAUGUCCAUCUCGCGGAUGAUGGAAUCGUCCAAGCAAUCGGCAGUGGGGACAUUGUCAUGUCGAUGAAGACACCCCAAGGGAUGAAGAAAGGUGUGCUCACAAACGUGUGGCACAUCCCAAAGUUAUCCAGAAACCUGUUCUCGGUCGGCCGCUUCACCAAGGAUGUCGGCCCAGUGACGUUCACGAAGGAUGGGUGCUAUGGAGAAGCGAAAGGGACCAAGUGGAAAAUUGGUGCCCGUGAAGGUAAAGGACUGUUCAAGCUGCAAAUGACUCCAGUGGCGCCGGAACAAGCAAAUGCAGCCAAGUCGUCGGGAUGUCAAGGGGGCACCAAGUCGUACCUCUGGCACCUUCGGCUUGGCCACAUAGGUCACGAUGGACUCAAUUGCAUCGUGACGAAGAACAUGGAAUUGGCAUCGACAUAUCUUCGGUGA